GGCGGGAGUUGAGGAAGAGCUCAGGCUUUGAGGUUUAUAAGUCCGCGCAAAACGACAUAGAGGCACAAGGCCUCUCUGAGCUCAGCCUCCUCUUUGCAAACCUCCGCGAGCUACUGACAGAAGGCCAUCCAUUGCCAACAUGAAGUCCCUCACGGCAGCCGUCGCGCUGAUCGCGCCUGUCCAGGCUGGUUUGCGCUUCCCCUGCUCGACCCUCACCGUGCAGCGGCUUGACCCAGUCGUCGAGCCUGGUGCGCUCCCCGCGGCCCACGUCCACCACAUUGUGGGCGGCAACGCCUUCAACGCCACCAUGGAGGGCGAUGUGGGCGCGCGGGCGACGUGCACGACGUGCCAGAUGGCCGAGGACUUUUCCAACUACUGGACCGCGCAGCUGUACUUCAAGCACCCCAACGGCUCGUACCACCGCGUGCCCGUCAUCCCCGUCCAGCCCCUGUUGGGCGGCUCUCAGGGCGCCCAGGCCGGCCUGACCGUCUACUACACCCAAUUCGACCUGUCGAGGGACAAUCUCGCCAAGCAGAAGAUCACCGCCUUUAAGCCCGGCUUCCGCAUGACGGUCGGCAGCCCUACCAACACGGGCAAGCCGCGCGUCGGCAUCCGGUACCAGUGCCUGCAGGGCCAGAACCGGGGCCGCGAGAUGGAUGACUUCCCGACGGGCCCAUGCUCGGGCGGCAUCUUCACCACGCACCACUUCCCCGCCUGCUGGGACGGCAAGAACCUCGACUCGCCGGACCACCAAUCGCACAUGUACAACACGGUAACAUACGACGGCUUCAUGAACGCGGGCCCCUGUCCAGCAUCGCACCCGGUGCGCAUGCCGCAGGUGGCGUACGAGACGGUGUGGGACACGCGCCAGUUCAACAGCAUGUGGCCGUCGGGCACGCCCAACCCCUUUGUGUGGAGCUUUGAGGGCACGGGCGGGGGGUCGCACGCCGACUACAUGUUUGGCUGGAAGGGCGACUCGCUGCAGCGCGCCAUGGACAAGUCCGAGUGCUUCUACGAUGGUUGUGGCUCCAUCGUCAAGCAGGCCAUGAGCGUCGCCAACCAGUGCAAGAUCAAGGAGACCAUCAGGGAGGAUGUCGUUGGCUGGAUGAUGAAGCUUCCCGGCCGCUAAGGGGUUUCUCUUUGAGUCUUAUGAGGAUGCGGUUGAUGCAAGUUCAGUUGGCACUUGUUGCCAUGGUACACCUGGCGGCCUCUGGCAUUAUUAGCGUUUCAAAGCCAGAGUGCUAGGUCGUCUUGCCUUCUCAUUCAGCGUACGGUAGGUAUUACUGUCUUGUGGUACUCGAUUUGAGCAGCUUUCUGGUAUAGUAUCACUUAACAUGAUGUGCCAAAUUCAC